AUGAGUCGUGUUCCCGAGGAGGAGGAGAGAGUGCUCAACUCCAAGUCAGACCGGGAGAAGACGUAUUUCUACAAAAAGAGGUAUGCGGACACGUACGAGCACGCGGUGGCGUUGCUGAAGCAUGCGGCGACACUGGAGCGCGAACGGAAAGACAAGCAGUCGGAUCUCGAGUACUUGAGGUCGACCAUCAGGACUCAGACGCAAAUUAUCAACACCAUGAGCGAUAAUCAGCAUAUGAACGACCCUGCGAAUUACCAGCAGGAGAAGAAGAUACAAGCAUUGUGUCGUGAAGUCACUGGGCUUGUGAUGCAGCUGAACGAGCGGGAUACACUCAUCAAUAGUCUCCACGAGGAACGAGACCGAUCGGUGAAGGUGAUUAACGAGCUCAAGCUGUCACAAGGUCUCACUUCCAGCAAUGUGAGCGAGACGAUGCGAUCUACCGACGAGUUUCGGGGCAUGGAGCUGAAAUUGGAAUCUGCCUUUCGUGAAAAGCAGGAAGCUCUUGAGCGCGAGUCCAAAAUGGCUACACAGCUGAAAGAGCUGCAACUACAGUUCGACAAAUGCGAGACUGCGCGGUCAACACUAUCCGAGGGACUCGAUCGAGCUGAAAAACAGACGACAGCGCUACACGCACAAUGGGUGCAGGAGAAGAAGGAAUUGCUAUCUUCAGUAAAGAAAAAUGACCAGAAGUCGGCGAGAUUUGUAGUUGAAUGUGAGCGACUGCAAAAGGAGAACGAAACGUUGAAGACUUCACUUCACCAGUCUAUGGAGAAGGGAAAGAAGCAUUUAUUGUUGAUGGAGAGUCAACAGCAGACCAUCACCAAGUCUCAGACGCACAUUGCGCAACUGGAAGCCGAUUUAGAUGAGCUGCGACCGCAAUUGAGCCUGCUUAGCGAGAAGAAGACAAGGAUACGCACGCUUGAAAGUGAUUUGUCUGGGACGAGAGAGAAGCUUCGACGCUGUUUACUACACGUGGAUGAACUGGAGGAGAAGCUUGAGCAGAGAGAAGAAGAGAUGCAAGCCACGACACGGCAAUUCCAAGAGCGCGCAGCUUUCUUCGAGCAAAGAGUCUUUGAUGCCGAAGCAGUUCGACGAAGCCUCCAUAAUAAGGUGAUGGAACUGAAAGGAAACAUUCGCGUCUUCUGUCGAGUCCGGCCAGUUCUGCAGAACGAACUUGCAAGCUCAAGGGGCGAAGAGAUCUUUGCCUUUCCCGACUAUCGCAGCGAACGACGGCAGAUUGAGCUCAGCGCUAACCCAAAGUCUCACGUUGGGUACGGCCAAAAUGGGUCGAGGAGCGUUGUCAAGAAGUACAACUUCGACUUCGACCUGGUGUUUGACAGCAAUUGCUCGCAACAAGAUGUUUUCUUGGAGGUUUCUGCCUUGAUCCAGUCUGCACUGGACGGAUACAACGUGUGCAUCUUUGCCUACGGACAAACUGGCUCUGGGAAAACAUAUACGAUGCAGGGAAGGGAAGAGUGCGCUACUUCCAAGUCGAUGAAGCUAUCACCAGACAUGGGAAUCGUUGGGCGAGCGAUUUCUCAUAUCUUUGCUGGUAUAGAAGACUUACGGACGAGUGGUUGGGAUUUUACUGCCAACCUCGAGUUGGUUGAGAUUUACAACGAAACUCUUCGUGAUCUGCUCGCUCCUGUUGAUUCCACGGAUAAAAUUGAUCUCCGUCUGGACAGCGUGGGCAAGAUUACUGUAGUGAAUUCAGUCACCCACAAGGUUCAGAAUGAUCAAGAAGCGUGGAGCUUACUACGGGGAGCGAUGUCCAGGAGGUCGACAAAAUUUACCAAAAUGAACGACCGAUCUUCACGCAGCCAUUGCGUCAUCACAUUUAGACUGAACGGCGUGAAUUCGCUGACUGGAGAACAACGAACAGGAGUCAUCAACCUCGUCGACUUGGCGGGAUCCGAACGUUUGUCAAAGUCGGGUAGUGACAGUAACAGGGAACUCCUGAAGGAAGCGAUGUCAAUUAACAAGAGUCUGUCGGCAUUGGGAAACGUAAUAUGCGCCCUCGCGAAAAAGUCGACUCACGUCCCGUUUCGCGACUCGAAGCUGACACACUUUUUGAGUUCUUCCCUUGGUGGAGACAGCAAGACGCUUAUGAUCUGCAAUCUCUCACCUCUAGGAGCACACCGCGACGAAACGCUCAAUUCACUCAGGUUCGCUAAAAUGGUGAAUUCUUGUGAAAUAGCUUUCCCGUCCACGGUAUCUAGCCGGUCGUAG